CUGCGUGGGGAAGCUUCCAGUCGAGUCGAGCAGAAACGAAACGUUUUCCUUGACUUUGUCUUUGAGGGUGGUUUCUCUGGGGGUCAAGUGGGAGAGGUACAUUCUGGAGAGGCAAGCAUCCUUCUCUUUGCACAUGCAACCCUGGGUGCCACAGGGAGUAUCGCCGUAGCGUGGAUUGCGGUGUCCAUGGGGGUCGGGCCUUUGUGUGUGGUUUUCCUUCCGGAGGGCGCUGGGAGAGACUUCCGGAAAGUCUCUCCGGCGAGUCAUGCAAGACCACCUCCACGGCCUUGCCUGAGGGUGCCGUCCUGCGGGUGGGUCCACGGGAGAGCGCGUAGAACAUGCAGGAGGGAGAGGUCCCACCUCCCAGGUGAGGACCGUGUUUGACCUGGUGGGCAUGACGCCCCCUCAUGCCCGCUGGGGGAGGAAGGUUCACGAAGGAGUCGUUGUGUCUGUGGGAAUGACUCUCCUUUUCCCAUUGACUCAGGAAGUCCAGAAACCCAUCUUCGAGCAAGGCUGACUUGACCCUUCAAGGAGAGGGGGCAGAUGGCGGGUGGUCACACCCAGCACGCACCUUCCAGACCCUUGAAAGCCCCAAACGGGAAGAGGCAACGGAGAGCACCCAUGGCGCCCAGGGUUCCCAGGCUAGAGGACGAGGAUCCUCGGCUCAAGUGUAAGGACUGCGGAGCCUUUGGGCACAACGCAUCCAGCACCAGGUGCCCCAUGAAGCGCUGGGACGGGUGCCUGGCCCCCCAGGCCUUUGUCCCCAGGAAGCCGAAGGAGAAUGUGGAACCACGCCAGCAGCAGGACCAGCACAAGCCCGGGCCCUUCAACCAGGCUGCGAGGGACAUGGAAGAGGGACAAAGCUCAGGUCGCUGUGUCUCUGCAGUGGCGCACACGGCUCUCAACGCAAGGACGUCUUGGGCCAACCUGGACGGCUCGCUGGAGUGGGAGCCAGGAGGGCAGAUGAAGAAAGGAGAUCUUGCCCAAGCCCCAUCGCUCGCUCCCCAGGUGAAGACACGAGAUGCCGCUCCUUCACCUUCCCGUUCUUGGUCGUGCAGGCGAGAAGCCCAGCAGAGGAAGGCGCUGCUGCAGAGAUUCCCCAGGAUAGGCCCUGGAAGGCAGCAGCGGGCCUGGAGGGACUCCACAGAAUCCUGUGACUACGUGAGGCAUCCGCACAGGCCGAUGCCCGUGUACACCACCAAGAGGGUGUCCGUGCUGGCGCCGCACGUCCCGGCUGAGCCUCCUAGCGGGACGCCUGACACGACACAGCUGUCCCCGUCGGCUGCUCCUCUCGGGAGACCUGCGGCGAGCACCCUCCCGCCUGCUGGCCGACAGGAUGCCCAGCAAGUGGGGACCCCAGCCCCGCCUGCCCCGCCUGCCCCGGCACACCAACGCUCUGCCCGGGAUCCAGGCCUCGGUGUCCAGCUGAGACAACACCGGCCCCGAUGUGCCUCCCUGGAAGCUUCCAGGGCUGUCUCCAAGGCGCGUGGCAUUGGCCACGCCCAGGCACCAGCCAAGCGUCCUGAGGUGAGCCCUGAUCCUCCUCCAGCCCGUUUGGCUCCGAGUCCCCAGCCCCACAUCCAGACACCAGGCAAGAGAUGGGCCCCGCUCCCCGACGACACGUGCCAGAACCCCCGAAAGAAACCACGUUGCAGCCCCUUCCAGCCACCCCACAAGAGCACAGGGAGCACCCACGUGGGGCUGCGCCAGAGUCUGUGUCGUCCAGCAAGGAGAAGUGCAUGUGGUCCCACGGGGGCAGCCCAGCUGACCAGGAAGACACCUGCCUCGGUGCAAAGCAGGGGCCUCCAGCCUCCACGCCCCCAACCUCACCUGGACACUCUCCAGGCGUGCACCUUGCCCCCGUGUCCGCCCUGUCCGCAGGCACCCGGCCAGCCCCUGCGAAUGGUCUUCAGCCGCCUGGACAAAGGCGGCUGGAGCUCCAGGUUCAUAGCAGCUCCCUGUCUGCCACCUCCCGAGAGGCCAGUCCCCCCUGGCCAGGGCCCGCCCGUCACACACCAGUCUGAGGGAGGCUGUGUGCCUGUCUCCCGGAGCAUCCUCCACGAUGACCUGCAGCUUUCCUCGUCCUCGGAGGAGAGCGACCGCGAGUGAGACACCUCAUGUCCUCGGACACUCGUCCUCUGGCUCUUGUGACCCCGAGCAGAUUCUAUGAGAAAUCCAGCCAGGAGAGCAAGAGGUCGUCCACUCGAAUGUAAAGUUAAGGAUCUGUGAAAUGAAUGUGUAGUGGGUUUGCGAAUGUCUCAAUUUGGGGACACCGGAGGAAUGAUUCCAGUCUGGGCUGGGCAAGUGGAGGCAAUCUUUUGUUUUAGAACAGUUCACUGAUAUCGUUUUUCUGCAGAUCAUAUCGGGGAAUAUUUUACAUGCUGUCUGCAUUUUUGUUUUUCCCUGAUAGUGCAACGUUGUGUGUAGUGUUACCACAGCUAAUAAAAUUUGCUCAGACACGAC